AUGGCCCAGGAACACCAUUUGGAUGCCCUUGUCGUAGGUGCCGGCUUUGGUGGAAUUUAUACGCUCUAUUCCCUUGUCAAGGAGGGCUUGAAUGUCAAAGCCAUUGAUACGGCCGGUGAUGUUGGUGGUACUUGGUAUUGGAACCGCUAUCCCGGUGCGUUGAGCGACACAUGGAGUCAUCUUUAUCGAUUCCUCUUUGACCAGGAGUUCCUGCAAACCUACCCCUGGAAAAGAUGGUAUCUCACCCAGCCCGAGAUAAUGCAAUACCUCCGGGACGUGGUGGAAAGAUACCACCUCCGCAAACACAUGCAGUUCAACACCAAGAUGCAACGGGCGGAAUGGAACGACGAGACUAAGAUCUGGGAGGUCCAGUGCGAGACAGGCGACGUCUUCCACGUGCGAUACCUCUUCACGGCGCUUGGACUCCUGGUCAAAGCCAACUACCCCGAUAUCCCGGGGAUGGACACAUUCAAGGGAGAGAUGAACCACACCUCGGCGUGGAACCCAGAUGUGGAACUCGAGAAUAAACGUGUCGGUGUGAUUGGCGUUGGAUCAUCGGGUGUCCAGGUCGUGACGGCCAUCGCUGACAAGGUUAAAUCUCUCCAUGUAUUCGUCCGACGUCCGCAGUACACUGUCCCCAGUGGAAACCGGGACGUUACGCCGAAGGAACGCGCCCUGGUCAACAAAAACUAUCCAGCGCUUAUCGCAGACGCCCGUACCUCCGUCUUUGCUAUGGGUACACCGGAGCCUAAGAGAACAUUCAUGUCACUGUCGCCAGAAGACCGCGAGGAACUACUCGAGCAGCAAUGGAACAUCGGAAACGGCUUCCAGUUCAUGUUUGGCGGGUUCUCUGAUAUUGCCACGAAUGAAGUUGCGAAUGAGGAAGUAUGCCGGUUUCUGCGCAAGAAGAUUGCGAGUAUUGUCAAGGAUCCGCAAAAGCGAGACGUCCUAACACCGAAGGAACUAUAUGGGCGUCGACCUCUGUGUGAUGCUGGGUUUUACGAGAUAUUCAACAAGGAAAAUGUCUUUGCGGUGGAUAUCAAGAAGAGCCCCAUUACGGAGGUUACACCAAGUGGUAUCUGUACGGCUGAUGGCACGACCCAUGAGCUGGAUGUUAUAAUCUUUGCGACUGGGUUCGAUGCCGUGGAUGGCACCUAUGCGAUGGUUGAUAUUCGGGGCCGGGAUGGGAAAAACCUGUAUGAUAUGUGGAAACCUUCCGGCCCAAGCACGUACGUAGGGAUGUCUGUGCAUGGAUUCCCCAAUCUUCUUCUAGUCAAUGGGCCGCACAUGGCGUUCGCAAAUAUUCCGACGUCAGGGGAGACCAACACAGAGUUUAUUAUGGAUUUGGUCCGACGGGCCGAGAAGAUAUCGAAGCAAACGGGACGUCAGUGCGAAAUUGAAGCCUUAGAAGAAGCCGAGCGUGCAUGGACAGCACGCAGUCGGUCCUCGAUAGCGGGAACAAUGCUCGCCCCUUGCUUCCCGUCGGACCUUGUUCUGGCUCUCAAUCUGCUGCAAAGCUGUCCGGUGCAGUGA